AUGCAGUCGCCGCGAACUAUCCAGUGGCAUACUGAUGCCCUCGAUAUUAAAUUUGUCGUCAACGAGGAUGGGGUUAUUUAUUUGGCUAAUGUGUUGCCAAAGGGGACAACAUUUGCUGCUUCUGCUUCCGCUAUCUACGAGUCAUCAUGGUUACCUUUGGUUAGUGUCAAAGUGGCUGGCGAAGGUCACAGCGAGAGGAUCAAAACCGCCAAGGCUAUGAUUGGCAGUAGCCUUUCUUUCCGACUAAAAUACGACAGUCAUCGACGUUUCAGGGAUGAGAAAACCGAGGUCUUUGAAGUUGAUUGCAGCGACAAGGCUAGUCAUAUCCAGGUCACUACCCGACUCAAAGUAUUUGGCAGCACUCCCGUCCUCAGAUCCGAGAUGUCAGUCACAAAUGUGUCUGACAGCGCCGACGUUGUGCUGACGAGCAUACCAUCUCUCGUUAUUGGAGGGAUGACGACGGCAUCUGCCAAAUGGUUCAACGACUAUACACUCAUGUAUGCAAACAACAGCUGGUUUCGAGAGGUUUCAUGGCAGGAACACAGCCUUUCCGAUCUCGGUGUUGACAAUAACGGAAUCUGCGAGCUCCCGGGUGGUGCUCCGGCCUCCCAUUCAACUUUCGGCCUGGGUGCCCGUGGAACGUUCUCUACGGGCUCUUACUUGCCCUUGGGAGCCCUCCGGGAUAAAGCAAACCAAGAUACCUGGCUCUGGCAGGUAGAAUCGAGCGGAUCCUGGCGUUGGGAGAUUGGGGACUACAAGGAUAGCAUCUAUCUAGCCACCAGCGGCCCGAAUGGAGUGCAUCAUGCUUGGAAGAAGCUGUUGCGCCCCGGCGAAACCUUUACCACGAUACCAGCUGCAUGCUGCCGCGUGCAUGGCGACUUCGAGGCGGCCAUGGCGGCCAUGACGGACUAUAGACGUCAGAUCAGACGACCACACGAGGACAUGGAACGAGUUCCUAUCAUCUUCAACGACUACAUGAAUUGUCUGAUGGGUGAUCCGAACGAGCUGAAGAUAGAGGCUUUAAUAGAACCGGUGGCGGAAUUAGGUGCUGAGUAUUUUGUCAUCGACGCCGGCUGGUACGCCGACGAUUCCGACUGGUGGGACGACGUUGGCCUUUGGAAACCUUCGCAAAAGCGUUUCCCGUCUGGCUUCAAGACGCUUCUGGACAAGAUUAGGUCUCAGGGCAUGGUUCCAGGACUGUGGCUGGAGCCUGAGGUCGUGGGAGUGCGAAGCGUGGUGGGCGAUCGCCUACCAGAGGAGGCGUUUUUCCAGGAGGACGGACACAGAAUUGUCGAAAAAGGCCGGUUUCAGCUUGACUACCGUCACCCUGAAGUUCGAAGAUGGAUGGAUAAAGUCAUAGAAAAUCUGGUCGUCAACUUCGGGGCUGGAUUCUUCAAAUUUGACUAUAAUAUUGAGGUGGUGCAAGGUACCGACGUGGAUGGCCCUUCGUCUGCCUCGUCUGCCCUGCUGGAGCAUCAACGCGCCUAUCUCGACUGGGUGAGGUCUCUUCUCGAUCGGUACCCCAGUUUGGUCAUCGAGAGUUGCUCGAGCGGUGCGCAACGCCUUGAUUACGCCAUGUUAGCUGUGCAUCCUCUUCAAUCGACGAGCGACCAGCAAGAUCCUGCUCUUUACGCCGCCAUCGCAGCUGCAGCUCCGACCGCCGUCACCCCUGAGCAAAGCGCCACCUGGUCUUAUCCGCAGGGUGACUGGAGUGAUGAGAUGAACGCAUUGACCGUUGUUAAUAGCUUGCUGGGACGGGUAUACCUCAGCGGCCGUGUAGAUACGAUGAAUUCGCAGCAAUUGGCUUUGGUCAGAGAAGGGCUGGAUGUCUACAAGGGAAUCCGAGACGUCGUGAAGACUGCCCAUGCCUUCUGGCCGCUCGGCCUACCCAAGUGGCACGACGACUGGGUGUCCCUGGGGCUGAUAUCCCGUGAUGAGAGAAGCAUUUAUGUUGCUGUCUGGCGCAGGGCCGGCUCCACCAGUAUGAAUAUUCCUAUCCGGCUGGCAAGGGGCUGGCAACACAGCAAUAUGGGCUUCCUGUAUCCAAAGCGGCUUGCCGCAGACGCUCAUGCAUCCUGGGACUCUGACCAGAGCGUGCUGCGUGUGGAGGUUCCCGAGGUUGUCUGCGCAAGACUAUAUGAGAUACAGCACACGAUGUAA